GACAUGUAAGACGUCUUUCGAAUGCAAUUAGUGGUGUUUUCCAGCCAGUUUGGGAGGUUGAAAUAGUUGAAGAAUGUGUCCACUUGCCUGCAGUAUUAGGGUGUGCGCUCAAGUGUGGGCUAUAUAAAGAGACCUAGGGGACGUGCUCCAAAGGCAUCUGAAGAGACCUGAGCUACUCCGGUAUCUUCUCCUCCCUCUUUGCACACGCAAAACUGAAAAUGAGGACCCUGCUCCUCCUGCUGGGAGCAGCAGUUUCCUGCAGUCACUUCCAUCUGGUGCAGUCGCUCUCAGGGAAUGUGACAUUCCCACUAACCCAAUGUUCUUUGAACUUCUAUGGCGGUUCUUUUCCAAUCAUGAAUGUCGAACUGGCUGCCGACACAAUGAAUUACUGCUUCAGCGAUAAUUUUGCUAAUCCAGAAUGCAUUUCCAUCUCGAGUGGAAUCCUUGCGGACAGCGUGGACACCGUGGUGACAAACGCCAGCGAUCCUACACUUGAAACAUCAGUCCGGAGCCAACUGCCUCAGCUGGAAGGAAACAUGACCUGCUAUAUAAAUAGCACGCUGUCCUUGAAUGGCAGCGUUAAUAUGGUUGUUACUUUGAUGAAAUUUGGAUCCCAAACGGCAUUGUCUGUGUUUAAGCCGACGUCCCUGGAAACGCUUCACAUCAUUGCAAAACCAGGCUUUGAGACCGUGGAGACCGACCUCACCUACACUGAGGAGGAGAAAACCAAGUACAUGGACUUGAGUGGCUGCAGGCUGAUGGAUACUUUAUUAUUCCCGAGCUCAAAUUCUACCAAUCCGAUGAACUGCGUCACAUACACCUGCAGCCCUGCGGCUGAAAUCAGCGACAAGGCAAAUUGUGGAACCACUGAGAUUUGCCAAGGCAACAAUAAGUGCAAUCCGAAGUUCCGCUUAUGCACGGUGACUGGCAACCAGGUGGUCGCAUUCUUUGGCAAUGUAUCUUCCAUCCCAGGCCUCUGUGUGUACAGCCUGCUGAAGCCGGUAGUUAAUGCCAGUUUUGAACUGCUGGGGGCCUUCCAGGAGCGCCGCAUUGAGUCCCUGCCCCUAUUGGACCGCCUGGACCUGGUCUUUCUUCAGUCCAAUCUCACAAUCUCAAUUGGAACAAGCAGAAGCGUUCGGGUCAACGGUGAAAUACUAACACUGCCAGCCUCGGUCGAAGGAGUGAUGCUGACCAGAGAUGUGAAAGGUGUGACUGUCAACAUUUCGAAGGGAUCCAUCUCAGACGACCCAGUUUCCAUUGUCUUUGACGGCUACAGUGCGUACAUCAAAGUACCUAGCGAGGCGCUUUUCCAGGGCUCAUGUGGUCACACCGGGGAUCCCAGCUAUUCUUCUUUGCCCCUUGCUCAGAGUGACUUGAGUUGUACUCCACCCCCAAACAGUGUCGCCAAUGACGUGAAUACAGCCGCAACCGAUCAAUGCUCUCUACUCAUGACGAAGCCCUUUGCCGAUUGCCACCUGAAGGAGCCGGUGGAACCGGUCCGACAAGCCUGCGUUUCCUUUCUGAGCAAAUACCCUUUGAUGGACCACUUGGAUUGCCAGUUCUUUGAGGUGUACGCCCUUGCCUGUGAGCUGCAGUUCCAGAUCAGUCUCGGAGACUGGAGGUCUUCCAUCAGAUGUCCCGACCCGCAGGCCUACUGUCAGGACCACGACUGUAUAGAGCACGAGUUCUGUGGAGACUCCCUGGUCAACGGGACCGGCUGCCACUGCCGUGCCGCAUUUGCCGCCAACUACAUGUCAGACAACGUUUUCGGUCAGCAGACGGAGUGCAAUGAAAGCUUGGCGUCCUUCUCACUGAUUGGCUGCCUGCUGGAGGACAAAGGCAUCGACUACACCAUGUUGCACCUCAACAAUGACGCCUGUAGAGGAGAAAAGGACAGCAAAACCCAUUUGGUGACCUUCAACUUUAACUCUAGUGGGACAUGUGGAACAGUGAUCAAGAAAAACAACAGCCAGCUGUUGUUCAAGAACAGUCUGUCCUUGGGUCAACCUCUAAACGGCUCAAUCAUCACACGCCAGAGAGUGUUGGAACUGGACCUGUCGUGUGUGUACCCUGAGCCGGAACAGAGCUUUGUGGUCUUCAAUAUCAAGAGCAGCCCCAUGGUGCAAGAAGUGGUAUCAAAGAACUGGAACUACACUCUGUUCAUGAAGGCGUACACAGAUCCCGGGCGCAGAGUCAUGCUGACAGAAAAUAUGGAAGUGGAGCUCAACCAGCAGGUUUGGAUCGAGCUGAGCACGGAAGGACUAAGAGGGGAGUUUGUGAAAUUGGUGACUGACUCCUGCUGGGCGACCAAUGAUUCUCUGCCAACGGCAAAUUUGAGAUAUGAUCUCAUCAGCGACGGCUGCCCGAACCUCAGUGACGGUACCGUGGAGAUAGUAGGCAACGGGUUGGGGACGGAAAACUACUUCUCAUUCCGUAUGUUCCAGUUUUUGAACAGCAGCAACUUCUACCUGCACUGCGCCGUGAGCCUGUGUGUGGACGCCGAUUGCACCCCAACUUGCAGUCAGCCUUCAGGCAGGAGACGCAGAGCCUUACAAAGAACCAGAGAUGGGCAGAGGAAUAAUUACGAAAGCGGUGGCGUGAUCUCAGUGGGAUGGAGCACCUAGGUGACCUCGUUUCUGGUCAAUAUCGCAGGCUUCAAGUCAAACAGAGUGAUGACUACCGUGUACAUGGACAGCGCUAUGACAGAUUGCUCAUCGUCCUGCAGAUUGGGGGCAAUGAUUUAAUUGAUUUAGAAAAGGAGGAGGGGUGUUUUUUGUUUUUUUUUGAAUAUUCGUUCUUCAAAAUAUAGAAACACUGUAUACAUCCUCUUAAGGCCCAAGCGGUUUGUAUACAUGCUUUUAUUUCUCUUUGCUAUUUGGGUUUAUUGGACCUUCAUUAGAAUAAAAACUAAGAAUCAGCUUAGUCCAUAAGUACACAAACGUGUACUUCAUGUUUAGUGACAUGUUAAUUCUUAUUUUUACACUUUUUUCUCCAAAUUCCAUUGUAUGUUACACUCUUCUAACACCACCAGAUGGCAGUAUAAGUGUCCACAUAAGUGGCCAUAAGACCCCAAUUCAAUAGUGUACACCAUUUAGGAAAGUAAGAGCUAAUAGGUGCUGUCCACACAUGUGGCCACUAAGCAUUUAGAGGUUUACAGUGGAAUCAAUUUAAAGGGAUCCCGCUUAUGACAAAAACAACAACAGCCACGUUCUUCGUGUUAUUGAAAAAAGUGCCUCCUUAUGUUGACGUCGACUGCUUUUAUCGAGAUGAAAUUUGAGACCUCGACGGAUUCUAUGCCCAGUCCGUUUAUGUCAAAAUGUGUUGCAAUAUGUGUUUUUUCCUGUUGUUUGCUGAGCAGAGCAAAAGAACAACAAACACACGACUGUCUAGUUAUUUAUUUGUACCAUGACUUGAUGAAUGUGGACCCCGACUUAAACAUGUUGACAAACUUAUUGGGGUGUUACCAUUUAGUGGUCAAUUGUAGGGAAUAUGUACUGUACUGUGCAAUCUACUAAUAUGUACUGUACUGUGCAAUCUACUACUAAUAUGUACUGUACUGUGCAAUCUACUACUAAUAUGUACUGUACUGUGCAAUCUACUACUAAUAUGUACUGUACUGUGCAAUCUACUACUAAUAUGUACUGUACUGUGCAAUCUACUACUAAUAUGUACUGUACUGUGCAGUCUACUAAUACUAGUGUCACUCAAUCUACAGCAUUGACACAUGCGCACGCUGACUUCCUAUUCAGUGCAAAGUAAGCUUCUAAAUAAAAGCAUGGCAGUAUUGAGUAGAAUUCUAAUUCAUUUUAUUAUGUUUUAUUGCAAAUUGUUAGCCAGUGUUACAAAGAUUAGUGCAUGUGUGAAAGGUUUAACGUCAUUGUAGAAAAGACUAAACGGACAGACAGAAAACGUCUCUGGCAAAAGUCAGAAGUUCUAUAAAUGAGCAAACAAUUGUUCAUUUUUGUUUUGUUUAUGUCAACAACAGCCAUCCAGUUCAAGGGACGUCAACAUAGGGGGGUUCCACUGUACACAAGGGGUACCACAUACCACAUAUGACAAAUGGGAUUAAGUGCUGUGAUGACAAUGUAACAAAAUGAUGUCUUGAAUUAUAAUUAAAAAAAAAGGAUAUGGGGAUCACAAACAUACAA